CGAGCCGAGUAGCUAGCUAGCAACCUGGAGUCGAUGACUUACCGCGUUUGUUUAGCUUCACAAGAUAAAGAUAACGUCCUAAAGUCGUCGAAAAAAACAGAAACCGUGGGGGCAGGUUGCUUCGUCUUCUGCUUCGUUAAAUAGUAAAAUUGAACAGGUUUAUAUAGCAUUCAAUUGAAACUACCGCCAUCGUGUGGUUCGCGUGAAUAUUUACAAUACGUAUUACAAAAACAAUAGAACUUUGAUAGCUUUUAAUAGUGACCUUAAUAUUGUUAAAUAUACAUUUUCUUGUUCUUACCAUAGUGCUAAUUGAGUGAUUUCCUCCUUAUGUGAAAACAUUAAUUCGCUCAAACACGAAAGCGGAUGUGAGGUAAACCAGCCGGGGGAAACCGGAUGUAACCCGGAAGUGAAAUUAUCCGACACGAGGUCACAGCACCGCCAGUACUCGCACAUGUUUUGAAGAAAACAAGUAAACAGGUUGAAAACCAAUCAUGACGUCAUUAGCCCAUCAACUGAAGCGGCUGGCACUGCCUCAGUGCGACCCCAACUUACUGACACGAAAAGAGGUCGCAUCACUCCUCUUUGACCCCAAAGAAGCCGCUACCAUCGACAGAAGCACCUUCUACGCCCUCGGCUGCACAGGGCUGGAGGAACUGAUGGGGAUCGAACCGGCGUUUUUUGAGUUCCAGUGUUCUCUGUUCAGCCGCGCCUCAAUGAUGCUAGAGCGCAGCAUCCAGUCCAAAGAAGUCAACCAGAAACUCGAUGCGGACAUCUCUCUGUUCCUCACCCGCCUCUCCCCGUACUUCCUCCUCAAACCGUCUCACAAGUGCAUGGAAUGGCUGCUUCAUCGCUUCCACAUCCAUCUGUACAACCCCGAUAGCCUGCUGGCUUGCGUGCUACCUUAUUACCACACCAACACCUUUGUCCGAGUGCUGCAGCUCCUCAACAUCAACGACGCCACAAACCGCUGGAACUGGCUGCAGCCCCUACAGAAACCAGGCGUCCCACUGGCCAGAAGCACCCUGAUCACACACUGCUAUUCCGACCUGAGUUUCAUGGACUUCAUCUGCUCCAUGGUCACCACCUCCAUUAAGGCAUAUAAAGGACACUCUGAAAGCUUCUCCCAGCUCCGCGUUGUCUUCUCCUUCUACGCUUCCACCAUCGUUUCCGCUCUGGAUGCCGUUGACAAAGCGACGGACACCGUUCUUUCCAAACUGUUGCCAUACGUGCAGAAGGGGUUGAAGUCGGGUCUGGCCGACUACAAGGCGGCCACGUACAUGAUCAUGUGUCAGAUGGCGGCGAAGGCGGUGCUGGAGGCCAGUGUGGUCGACACGCUGGCUGUGCACAUCAGCAAGUCUCUGCUCAAAGAACCCGUGUUGGCCAAAGAGGGGCUGGGCUGCCUCAUCGUGCUGCUGCAGAGCCAGAAGAAGGGUGCCGCCGGGUCCAGGUUUUGCAGCCACGUGUGCUCCAUGCCGACGCUGGUGUCCACCCUUCAGCUCAUGGCGGCGACCCACGACGUCAGUCCUCUUCUGCGCUACCUGCUGCCUCACCUGGUCCACGUCGUGUUCAGUAACUCAGCAGGUAAGACGGACGACGCGGCUGUGUUGGAGUCGCUUGUGCAGUCCGUCCCUCUGACCAAAGGCCUGGAUGGACACAUGGCCCGCUUGAUGCUGAAUGAGUACCUGAGUCAGACAGAGCUCACCGAUGACGUCGUCUCCGCCCUCAACCAGCGUCUGCAGCCGCUGGUCCGACUGUUUGAGUCCAAGUACUGCGGAGCUCUGGACGGUGUCCUCUCGGGUCACGUGACCGACCUCAGCAGCUCAGAGCAGAAGCGCCUCUUCCAUCACUUCCUGUCUCUGUCCCUGAGCAGCGGCAAAUUCCAGAUCGUGGGGGACUCGGACACGUCGCUGCUCCUCAGCUUGAAGCACCCGCAGACGUCGCUCAGAGUCUCUGCGCUCCAGCAUCUGAGGAGCGUUGUAACCUCUGGGCAGAUGCAGAGUUUGGACCAGGACUUCCUGAAAGACGCCAUCUUGGAGCGCUUGAAGGAUGACGUGCUGGAGGUCGUCAGCGUGGCUCUCCAAGUCCUCGAGUUGCUGCUGGAUGUUUUGGACUCUGAGGAACUCGUGUCCUCUUUAUUGUGUCUGCUGCACAGAAUCGAUCAGCCCGAGGCUGACAGCUGGCUGCCAGUUUUAACAGAAACCGUGCGUCUACUGUCCGAGUCUCGACUGCAGAAGGGGGGCGACGAGCUGGCGCAGAAGAUCGCUUGGGGGCUGCUGCCCUUCCUGGUGGUCACCACCGCUCGUCUGGACUCCGCACAGGUGCGCCUCGCACGCUGCGUUGCUCAGUGCCCCGUCCUCGCCCAACACCCGCUCACCCUGAACUGGGACGAAGAACUGAACGAGGUGAUGGAGCAGAGCUCCAAGCCUGAUUUCACCGGUUUGGCCAACCAACGACUGGUCUCCACGCUGAAGAAGAACCUGGACAACAUGGAGCACUUCUCCAAACGCGACACUCUGGAGAAGUUGGGUCUGUUGGGGGAGCAGCACCGUGGUGCUGGCGUCAGGGGGGCGACCUUCUUCAUGGUGAUGACGCAGACGCUUCUGCUGGGUAUGGACCAGCUGGGCGAGACUGAACACCUGCUGACUGCGCAGAGGCUCUACGCCAUUUUGGAGGCCCCCCUGCUGGAGGUCAUCGACGUUGACGACAAGGAAGCGCCGCCUUCUGUGUGCGCCCCAGCGACCUUCGCUGAAGCACUGACCUUGUACCUGAGCCAGUGUGAGCAGCGGCCAAAGAGGCAGAAAGAUGGCGAAUACUCUCUCAUGAUGAUUUCUCUCCUGCGAGACUUCAUCACGUCUCUCAGAUGUCACGACGACGCCUUCAAAGCUGACAUGUGGUGGAACCCGGAGAAGCUGGACACGAACACCUGCUGCUACCUCGGUCUGGUCACUCGGCUUUUCGGCAUCAUCCUCAGCGGCGCCGGCGAGGGGCCGACAUCCGUCAGCUUUCGAGAGCUCAUGAAGCUGCUCGUGAAGGUUCACCUGUGCGACGCAGUGAUGCUCUUCAGGUUCCUGUGCGUGCUGUGGGGCUACAGCAGUAACCACGGAGACCAGCUUGGCGUGAAGGUGGGCGCCAUCCUGCAGACUCGGGCCCUCUACAUGGCCAGAGCUUUGCUGUGCGCCCAGCCUGCCGCCACGCUCGCCGAGCUCGCGGCUGCCAGCUCACCCGUGGUCCCGUCCUUGCUGUGCUGUCUCACCUUGCCAAUUCGUGAGGUCCGGAGGGCGGCCCUCGGUGUUCUGGAGAGCCUAUCCGGCGCUGACGCCACCCCCUUUCAGCCAAUCAUGGACAAGCUUCUGAGGACCACAGACGAGAUUGUUGCCGACCCAUCGUACCUGAGCACAGCCCUGGGUGGGAUUCAUGACGAGUGCGAGUCGGCGAAAAGGAAGUCGGCGCUGCAGAGAGCUACGCAUCAGCUGCUGCUGAGCAUCCAGGCACCCUGCUGCCCGUCCUAUUCCGCCGCCUGCCUGCUGAAGGCGCUGAGCCACAUCAACGGGCAGGCUGUCCUGUCCGCGCUGCUUCCUGUCCUGGAUCGGCUGCUCCACCGCGACCCAGACACCCCCACCCUGCUGCUGGACGAGGCCCAGCUGCUGCAGCUCCUCCUGGGGAAGUACAACCAGGCCUCUGCCCCUCUGCUGGCGGCCGACCAGAACUGUCUGAACCUCUUCAUCAGAGCCCUGAGGACCCCCACUACACCCUUUCCGGGCGUCCCCAGCUGCCAGAUUGUUGCUCUGGAACAGAUCACCAAGCCAUUCUUCACUGCUCUCGGAGAUGAGAAAGUCCAACAGAAGCUGCUGGCGGUCAUGUUUGACCUGCUGGCGGACAACAGCAGCGUGCUGAUUUCCAACGCCGUCGGCAGCGCCUUCAAAGUGAUUGCGGUGGAUUGUGAGCUGGUGGCCAACGAGCUGGCGCCCCCGGAAAAAGCGAAGGUCGCCGUCACGGUGCAGCAAACGCGCAGGAGCAGAAUGCUCCAGAGGAAACCUGAAGAGGGCAGCGACGUUGCUCCAGAGAGGGACACCGUUUCCUGGCACAGAGUGGCUCUGAUCCUAGAGAUGCUGCAGCACAAGAAGAAGCUGAAGAGGGCCCAGAUGCUGGUGCCGGUUCUCUUUUCUCUGUUGGCCAGGAGUCUCGAGGCGUCUUCUACGGAUAAGACCAACAUGGAGUACACCAAGCAGCUGCUGCUCGGCUGCCUGCUCAACAUCUGCAACAAGCUGGCACCCGACGGACAACCUGCUGGGCCAGACGUGCUGGAUGAAGACAAGUUCAGCGUGGAGCUGGUGGUCCAGUGUGUCCGAGCGUCCCACGUGCCGCAAACGCAACAUCACGCUCUGCUGCUGCUCGGCGCCAUCGCCAACAUUUUCCCCGAGAAGGUUCUGCACAACAUCAUGCCCAUCUUCACCUUCAUGGGCGCCAGCAUCAUGCGUCUGGACGACGCCUACAGCUUCCGGGUGAUUGACAAGACUGUUCAGCUGGUCAUCCCCGCUCUGAUCCAGGCCAGCGGCCUAUCCGAGGACAGUCCGUUGUCUCACGUGGAUGCCGUGGUGACGAGGAUCGCGCACGUGUUUGCCGACGCACUCCCUCACGUCCCCGAACAUCGGCGGCUGCCCAUCCUCUCUCAGCUGGUGACCACGCUGGGCCCGGACCGCUUCCUCUGGGUCCUCAUGCUCCUCCUGUUCAAGGUUCACGUCACGCAGACCGCCAGCUCACAGAGCGAGAAGGAAGCGGCGCUGGAGCAAGAUAUGGACUUCUGGAUCUCUGUGUGCUGCCAGUUUGAGGUGGCCGACCAGCUCACGUCCCUCAUCAACGUCCUGAACUUCCUCAUGGAGCUGCCCGACGACAAAGAUGACGCCGCGGCCAAACGCCCCGUCGCCCGGCGAGGAGCCCAGAAGAAGACGAAGAAGAAGGAAGAGGAGGUGGAGGAGCUGAUCUUCUGUGUGGAGGCUCACAGCAGCAAAGAGCUGCGACACUUCAAGUUCCUCUCCGUGUCCUUCAUGGCUCAGCUGCUCGGCUCAGCCAGCUUCAUCGGGAAGGUGGCGGCCAUCCACGGCAACAAAGCCAGCCUCCAGCAGCUGCAGCAGAGGCUGCUGGAGGAGAACCUGCGCUACAUCCACUGCGUCGCUCGCUGCGUGGAGGAGAACGCCGAAAAGCCCAUCGCAAAGUUCUGGAGAGUUCUGCUGAACAAAGCCUACGAGGUUCUUGACAAGGUGAACGCGCUGUUGCCCGUGGAUACCUUCAUCACGGUGAUGAGGGGGCUGAUGGGGAACCAGCUGGCGUCCGUCAGGAGGAAAGCCAUGGAGCUGCUCAACAACAAACUGCAGCACAAGACGCAGUGGGUGGAGAAACAGGUCACCGUUCUCCUCCAGCUCAUUGGCGACCUCCUUGCCAUCGUGGGUGAAGGUCACGGGAAGGCGGAGCAGGAAGCGGAGGCGGAGCAGACCAUCAACAGGCAGACGGCGCUCUACAGCCUCAAGCUGCUCUGCCGCAACUUUGGCUCCGCCCACCAGGAGGCGUUCGUCCCCGUCCUGCUGCGCGCGGUGGACGUGGCCUCGGCGCCGCAGGAAGAGAAGAACGUGAUGGCCAGCGCUUUGCUCUGCAUCGCCGAGGUGGUCGGCGCCCUCAAGGCCCUCGCUAUCCCGCAGCUGCCCAGGUUGAUGCCGGCCGUGCUGCACGUGUUCGCCGACAGGAAGGAGCUGCUGACCAACGAGCUCUACAUGCUGAGCGCCGUCACCGCCCUCCAGCGCGUCACCGAGACGCUGACGCACUUCAUGAGCCCGUACCUGCAGGAGACCACCUUGCAGACCUGCCGCCUGACGCGGCUGGUCCAGGAGUCCUCUUCCUCCUCCUCUUCCGCCAGCCAGCUGUCUGCACGUCUCGCCUCCCUCAGGACCUCCCUGGCCACCAAGCUGCCCCCCAGGGUCCUGCUGCCCGUGCUCACCAGGUGCUACGGCGUCCUGGUGGCGGCCAAGAAGAACCACUUGGGGGCGCUGAUGAGCAUCCUCAAGGAGCACAUCAGCCACAUGGCGCAAGAUCAGCUCAACUUCCACCAAUCAGAGCUCAGCACCUUCUUCCUCACCGCCCUGGACUUCCGAGCCAAACACUGCCAGGGCGACCUGGCGAGGACGGAGCAGAUCGAGGGCAGCGUGAUGGAAUGUCUGGUCGCCAUGGUGAUGAAACUCUCCGAGGUCACGUUCAGGCCGCUCUUCUUCAAGCUGUUCGACUGGAGUAAAUCCGGGAGCAAAGAGCGUCUGCUGACGUUCUUCCGACUCGCCGACUGCAUCGCCGAGCGCCUCAAAGGGCUCUUCGUCCUUUUUGCCGGAAACCUGGUCAAGCCCUUUGCGGACGUCCUCCAGCAGACCAACGUCUCCAAGACAGACGAGUCGUUGUUUGAGUCCGAGCAUGCCGCGGAGAAGACCGGCCUGCUGCUUCGCUACGUCCUGGACUGCAUGCACAAGAUCUUCCUGUACGACAAUCAGCGCUUCCUGAGUCGGGAGCGAGCGGACACCCUCCUGGCGCCGCUGGUGGACCAGCUGGAGAACCGUUUAGGUGGGGAGCAGGUCUACCAGCAGAGGGUGACCAAGCACCUGGUUCCCUGCCUGGGUCAGUUUGCCGUGUCCCUGGCCGACGACACCCAGUGGAAGACCCUCAACUACGAUGUCCUGUUGAAGAGCAGACACGCCGAUGCCAAGGUACGCUUCUCCUCGCUGCUGAUGCUGAUGGAGCUGGCGGCCAAGCUGAAGGAGAACUACAUGGUGCUGCUUCCCGAAACCAUCCCCUUCCUGGCUGAACUCAUGGAGGACGAGUGCGAGGAGGUGGAGCAGCAGGUUCAGAAGGUGAUUCACGAGAUGGAGAACAUCCUGGGAGAACCGCUGCAGAGUUACUUCUAACACACAAUAAGCGUAUAUACGUUGUUUGCAUUUUUGUACCAAAAAAAUAAAAAUUUGUUGACAUCUUUUUAGUAGCAGAGUAGAAGGUCAUCCAUGUUGUGACGGGAUCUUCUGCAUCCUGUGCGGUGCACAAAGCAAGGCAUCAAGGCAUGACAUGGCGUCUUUGUAAAGCUUCCUUCUCAAGAAGACUGGAAACUGCCGACGAGAGAAUACUUUUGUGUACUUUUGUG